AUGAAGGAGAGCGAGAAGCCGCUGGAGAGACAGGUGCAGAAAACUCAGCGUCUGCACUUCAGGCCCGGAUCCAUGACAGAGUUCCCCCCUCAGCUGGUCCAUGGACCUGUGACGGCUCGGCUGGAAAACAGGACGACCAGAGAGGACGUCUCCUCCUCCCCCUGGAGCCGACGCGUGAAGUCUCACACGGACGAUGAGCAGCUGACGGUCGCAGAGCUGCUGGAGGAGGCCAACAGAAACCUGAAACGCCUUCACGUGCACGGAGACGUGGCCGCGUCCUCCGUCUCCAGGCGCGAGGCCGACUCCUGCGUCCUGAGCGGAUGCCUGUGGCCCAGAGACCCAGACGGGAAGGUCUACGUUCCCUACGCCGUCGCCAACCACUACUUUUCUGAAGAGCUUGACGUCAUCCGAGGAGCCAUGGACUCGUUCUCUAACUCCACCUGUAUCCUCUUCGUCCCCCGCUCCGACCAGAAGGACUUCCUCCACAUCCAGUCCCUGCCUGGAUGCUACUCCUACGUGGGUCGCCGGGGCGGCGGCCAGUUGGUGUCUCUGAGCCGUCGGGGGUGUCUCCAUCAUGGAACGGUCCAGCACGAGCUGCUGCACGCGCUCGGCUUUAACCAUGAGCACCGCCGCUCCGACCGGGACCAACACAUCAGGGUUCUGCUGGAGAACAUCAUGUCCGGUCACGAAUUCAACUUUGACAAAGUCGACACUCGGAACCAGGAAACUCCUUAUGACUACAGCUCCGUCAUGCACUACGGCAGACUGGCCUUUUCCAGAGACGGAUCCAGUCCCACCAUGGAGGCCGUCCCCGACGCCGGCGCCGAGUUUGGCAGAGCCACGCGGAUGAGCCGGGACGACGUCAGGCGCAUCAAGCUGCUGUACUGCUCCGACUAGGACGCUCCGUCUAUAUAUGUAUGCGCUGAGGGUGGAGGCUUGGUCUGAACUGUGCCGUCAGCAACCGGAUCCUGAGUGUAUGUUCUGAUAAGAGCUGAGUGAAUGAAGCAACUCCAUCGUGCUCUAAGGUUGAGCGUGUGACGAGGAGUUGUCUUUGAAUCUGGAUAAUGUGUGUGUUCUACAAUAAAACAUAAUUAUAUGACUUGAUCAAUAAAUUCUCUACAAAUGACACUGUAUUGUUCAUUAUAUAAUAGUGUAUUGUAUUGGUA